CUACAGACACGCAUGGGACAGGUUGUCAACGGUUCCGCACUGCACUCGAACAGAAGUCGAUAGAGCUAAAUACGUACUCGUACAUUUUGGGGGAUUGGCAAUCUAGUUGGAUCACCUAAAUGCUGGAAACCAGCUGUCCAAGUUUGACUGCUGAUCAUGUUUUGGCCAAAACAUUACACGGGCUCUACUAGCCUCUGGCUGCUGCUGCUCCUCAGCCUGCUCUACACAGAAAAUGCAACCACUUUCGUUGUGCCACAGGAACUACCAACCUUAUUAUCCUUAGUAUACUCCAACAUACCACCGAUUAAGAAAGGAACCGAUUCACGUCUUGGCUUUGGUUUUCGUCUUGGCGAAAAUGCCGAUUUCCAAGUGCUCGUCGAGUUGGGGCCCCAGAAGCAGACGAAACCCAUUGGGGAGCCCAGCAAAGAUGAUCAAUCGUUCAGCAAACGUCAGGUGACUCCCACCGAACAAAAGGCCUUGUUGCGCCAGCAUUACCGCCAACAACUGAAGGAGGAGGCCGAGAGAUUAAUGACCUCCACUGAGCGAAAUGGGGCCAUCUGGCUGGAGAACUGGUCGAACGGCAUGAAACCGCAAAAGCCCAAAGCGAAGGGUAGUGCAAGGCGUCCCGUGGAAGAAAGCCAGGUCCCCAACCUUCCGCAGCAGACACAAUUUCAAGAGAAUGCCAUGCAACAGCUGCAACAGCUAUACAAGAUGGCCACCAGCAGUAGCACCACUGCGUCCCUCCGUCCUAUGCAGUUAUGUAGUUCCCUCAAAUUAGGAGGCCCCAGUGGGUUCAAAUUACCACCGCCCGCGCUUAAGCAGGACUCCAACUCCCUGAGUAUUACUGGUCCGGCGAGGAGCCAGAGCGAAAUCACAAAGGAGCUAAUGGAUGUCAGCAUGGAGACGGAGGCUUAGGUUGUGCAAUUUUCUAGGUACUAAUUGAUUAUAUUACCAUUUAUGUAGGCAUGCAUGUGAGCUUAGGCAAUCUGUAAGUAGUGAGUGGCUUAGCAAAUUCUCUGUAAAUAAACACAAAUCUAAACAAAACGAGAAGGAACAUAUGAGUCGC